GGGCUAAAUCUAAUUGGUCUUCUCUUAAAAACACAGCGAAGGUCUGUCGUUUAUAGGGUGUUCAGUGAGAUCACUAACGGCACAGAAGAGGAGGACGGAGAAAACAUCAUCGGUCUGAGUAACCGUUAAUUACGUAAGAGUGACAAUACAACACAAACUGACACGCACAUUUGAAACCAUUCCCACUCUAAUCCACAGCACGGUUCAUCUGCUUUACGUGGCAUCAUCUGACCACUUUAUGUGGCGUUACAUAACCGCUGACACCCAGCCGGGAAGCCAGUGCCACACAUCUGCCAGGAGAUGGCAGCCUCCACCACACGCUUAAAUAAAUAUAUAAAGUUGUCAUGAAGCGAUAUAUGUUUUGCAGUGAGGGGAAGGUGAAAAAUCCCCGGAUAAGACAGUAAACAAGAAGCAUGAGAGACAGUCAGACGAGAGAGUGAGAAGGAAAACACCGCGACGCUGCUUGAUGUGGAGAGAAACACAGAGAGGCUCCAUCCAGCACUUGAUGGGGAUGGGGGAAGGAGGCUCCAGGGAACUCUGUGUAAGAGAGAAAAGGGACAAAUAAAGCCCUGCAAGAAGCCUGCAAAGGCAGGGAACUACAUCCUUCACAGCCCUGCCUGCUUUCACUGUGGUGGACAUUUCAAACCGCUCCGCUCUCGGCCACCCAGGAGAGGUGAUGCAGGAUUAAAUCACAUGCUCCAUCAAGAGUGAUCCCAAACCACUGCUGAGGCCUCAUUCUCCAGCGCUUAAGGUGCUCUUGACUCUUUGCCAGAGGUUAGCGAGAUACAAACGUGGAAGAACGCUGAUCAACAUUAGACACAGUUAAUCGUUUUUCAGUGAGGGUGCAGGGGAAAAGGCCCAGCCACGGCCCACGAGAGGGAGAGGACUCCUGCAGUGGCAGAGGAGAUGGGUAACAAAAACACCAACCUACCCAAAGGCCCUGAAGCCGAGGCCACACAAGGAGACGAAGGGGAACUCAUCAGCAGCGCCACAGAAAGUGUCUCCAGAGAUGAAUCACAGGGUCCCACCCCACAGCUGCUGGCCUCCCUGCAAUCCCUCGGAGAAAACAGCGACUACACGCUGCUGCCACACUCCUUGCACCAGAUUGCAGAGGCCUACUCACUUAAACAAGACUACCAGUGGGCCAUCCAGUUCUUACAGCUAGAGAAGCUCUACCAUGAACGGCUGCUCUCCAACCUCACAGUCCUGCAGCAGAGCUGGGAGAGCCAAUGGAGGGAGAAGGACAGCGGCAGCAGCUUGCCUUCUGACACGGACGGCAUGAGCGAGAAACACUUUGAGACGCUGAGCCAGAUGUGCAGAACUCACCUCAGACCAUCCGUCAGUGUGGAACAGAACAAGCUCAACACGACACUCGCAGACGUUCAGACCAAAGCACUACAGCCGCAUCAUGAUGAAGCCAACACGUCAGAAACUACGCAGGAGGAAGUAAAGGAACACAGCUUGGAGUCAGAGCAUUCAUCACCACAGACGGGCCCUGAGGAGGAGGAUGGAGAUACAUGUGAGGAAGGGCAGGAAGUAGAAGAAGAAGAAGAAGAAGAGGAGCAGUGUGAGGAGACACCAGAAGAGGAAGAGGUGAAAGUGGAGUGGCCAACAGGAGUACCUCAGGCAUCAGACAAGGACCUGGCUAAACUGUCCCACAAGGAGGGGAACUCGUCCCCAGACGGUCUGGUUUCCAUCCUGAAGAGGAGGAGAGCAUCGCUGGACGGGUUACCUCCCCCAAGCAAUACUGCCAAUAAGCAAAAUUCCAAACGCAAAGUUCGGUUCAGUGAGCCGGAGGACGGGAGCGAGCACGAUGAGGUGGGCGGAGACUCCUGCCUAAUCCUGCUGUUGCUGUGCCUCGUUACUGUGGUGAUCAGUGUAGGUGGGACUGCGCUCUACUGCACCCUGCUGGACACUUACUCCAACAUCUGCACCGAUUUUACUCACAAUGUCGACUUCUAUGUCAUGAACGUGCGGAGGCUCGUGGAAGGGCUCGGGCGCUGGCUGCCCUUCCGGACUUAACGCCCUUAAUCUGCGUUAUCCAUCAUCCAGACAAGAACUCCCAACAACGAGUGGCUGCAGUCGCCAGCUAACAUGACGGCGCAGGGACGAAAUGUUUAAAACUUUGAUUUCUUCGACUAUGACUGAAGAGGCGUUUAAACUAAGGAGACUUGUGAAUUGUAUUUAAUAAUUACACUGGUGCUUGUAGCAAGAGUAAAAUGGUCAGAAUUUCACCUCAGAAUCAAAACGUGGUGACGUGUGCAUGUAAGCGUUUAAAAAAUACUUGUUUACUACGAUCUGUGUGGUUGCUAUAGAUACCACACAAGAGGGCUCACGUGUCUCGGCUCUGUUUAUAUAAAAACAGAAAAAGUAGUGGCUCGGUGUAAGCAGUGCUCCGCUCACGUUUGUAGCAGUAGUUGUAACUUUUGAUCAAUAAGUUCCAGAUUUUUGUUGUUUUAUUUGUACUUGUGUAGAGAAAAGCUGUCGUUCAAAUCAACAGGAUCAUAUGUGUGUGUUUUUAGGAUGUUUAGAAAAAUAAUGAUUUUCCAGCCCUCCCCCUUUUUAUUUCAUCUUACCUUUAUUCUGCUAUCGAUAGUAUGGAGGGCCAAAAAUGCCAAAAUAUAAAACCAUAUAGAAAUAAAAGACUCAGAGAAUGAGUUCAUAUGUCCCAAAGCUUCUUUUUGUUCUACAUCAUUAUGCAAAUUACUGGAGCAGAAAUGUGAAGAGAACAAAAUUCAAAUUGAAAGGGAUUAAAGUAAAAAAAAACAACAACAACCCAUAAUGAAUGCAAAAUUAAAUGCCAAAGUAAAUAUUAAGGAAGUUAUUAUUAUUAUAACAAUUAUAAGGGUCUAUAUUUUACUCAGUAUUUUUCAUACUACGUCAUAACUUUUUAUUUUAGUUAUUAUUUUGGCAGGUUUGGUCCUCCACAGCGGGCAUGCUGAGAGGUAAGUAGUGGGUACAGUUAGAGCAGACAGCAAGAGGCUUCAAACGUCUUGAUGCAUGCUCAAUCAUCCAGGUAAGUAAAUCUCCAAAAGUUGAUUCUGUUCAUCUGGACGUAGCGUUUUGUGGGAGAAACGUUUCGUCACUCAUCCAGGUGACUUCUUCAGUCUCAGCUGACUGCAGGUUUCCCCAAACCUUAUAAACAGUACAUUUACAUUUAUAAGUACGUGUACCGCAAACCUACGCAUACAGAUUAGUAUCUAAGGUUUGACUCUCAUCAUCCACUGGAGCACAAACUGGGUGUCAUCAGGACGCUACAACACAGAGCGAACACCAUCCCCACUGACACAGCAGCCAGGGAGGCAGAAGAACAGCACAUCAA